AUGGCUGGCUUCCUGCAGAUGACCCUAGCCUUCAGGAAAUACCUGAUCAUAGUGUUUAUACCCCUUUUGUUUCUUCCUCUGCCUCUGGCUGUUCCUACCAAGGAGGCCCAAUGUGGUUACGUUAUCAUAGUGAUGGCACUGUUUUGGUGCACGGAAGCCUUGCCGUUGGCUGUCACAGCCCUCUUGCCUGUCCUGCUGUUCCCACUAAUGAAUAUCAUGGAUUCAACAACAGUCUGCAGGGAAUAUCUGAAGGACACCAAUAUGCUUUUUAUUGGCGGACUGCUGAUGGCCAUUGCUAUUGAGAAUUGGCACCUACACAAGCGCGUUGCUCUGCGGGUCUUGCUUAUCACUGGUGUCAGACCAGCCCUACUUCUCAUGGGUUUCAUGAUUGUGACCGCCUUCCUGUCAAUGUGGAUCAGCAACACUGCCACCACUGCCAUGAUGGUUCCAAUAGCACAAGCAGUGUUGGAACAGUUGCACAAGUCCGAAAUGGAGUGUAGCACAGUUGGCCAAGCAUCUGAAAACAUCAAUAAAGCCUUCGAACUGCAGGAAGAGUCAACUAAACCAGGUAGCUCCAAAGAAACAGCGGAAAAAGGUAAUAGUCAUGUCCUGACAGUCGAGGAAGACAGAAAGAGAAAUGAAAAUCUGCUAGAGGAGAAACACAAGAAAUUCUGCAAGGGAAUGUCUCUCUGUAUUUGUUACUCAGCCAGUAUUGGAGGGAUUGCAACUCUGACUGGGACAACACCAAAUCUGGUACUGCAAGGACAAGUUGAUGAGCUCUUUCCUGACAAUGGCAAUAUCAUCAACUUUGCCUCUUGGUUCUCCUUUGCCUUUCCCACCAUGAUUGUGUUACUGGUUUUGACGUGGAUUUGGCUUCAGAUACUGUACUUGGGCUUUAAUUUUCAGAAGAAUUUUGGUUGUGCUGCAAAUGCCUCUGCAAAGGCUAAGGAGCAACAGGCCUAUGACAUUAUCAAGGAAGAGAGCAAGAAAUUGGGCUCAAUGAAAUUUGCAGAAAUCGCAGUUUUGAUCCUCUUUAUACUACUGGUACUGCUGUGGUUUACAAGAGACCCUGGUUUCAUACCAGGUUGGGCAACAGUUCUUUUCAACAAAAGUGAUACAAGCUAUGUCACUGAUGCCACAGUUGCUAUCUUCAUUUCAGUUUUGUUGUUCAUCAUCCCUUCUGACAUUUCUAGCAACAACAGAGACAAACAACAAACAGGUAACAAGGCAAAGAUCCAAGCACCUCCAGCUCUCUUGGACUGGAAAGUAGUUCACCAGAAAAUGCCAUGGAACAUCGUGUUGCUGCUGGGAGGUGGCUUUGCCUUAGCCAAAGGCAGUGAGGAAUCUGGUCUGUCUUCAUGGUUAGGUACCAAACUGACUCCUCUGCAGCAAAUCCCUCAUCCAGCUAUUGCUUUCCUGUUGUGUCUCCUUAUUGCCACUUUCACCGAGUGCACCAGCAAUGUGGCCACCACUACCCUCUUUCUCCCUAUUCUGGCUUCAAUGGCUGAAGCGAUCUGCCUCAAUCCACUCUAUGUCAUGCUGCCCUGUACACUUUCUGCAUCGUUGGCGUUCAUGCUCCCAGUGGCCACUCCUCCUAACGCCAUUGUCUUCUCAUAUGGACAACUCAAGGUUAUAGAUAUGGCCAAAGCUGGGUUUGUACUCAACAUUCUAGGAGUUCUGACGAUAACGCUAGCCAUCAACACCUGGGCUUCAUCUUUGUUCCAACUGCAAACUUUCCCAUCUUGGGCAAAUAGGACAGGUACAUGCCCGUAA